CAUUAAAAACAUUUCUUUUGUCAUUCAUCGAUCAACUUAAGACGACGACGAUACGCACUUUUAUUUACUCAGCCAUGUAUUCGCAUAAAUUGACUUGUUUAUUUUUCGUGAUCGUGGUGCGUUUAACUUUAAUAAAUGCACAAUUCGGUGGUGGAUUCGGCAUUCCACAGCCACAAUUACCAUUUGCUCGACCACAAUCAUUUUUAAAUGCUGGCGGUUCAUCGGGCGCAUUUGGAAAUUCAAACACCAAUUUUCAACAAAACCGUGGAAGUACCUUUGGAAUUUCGGCAUUUGGUUCAUCGGGUUCGAACACAAAUUUCCAACAACAAAAUGCAAACGGAGGAUUCCAAAAUUUCGGACUAAACCGUGGUGGCAUCUUUAGAGAUAACGAAGAAAAUGGCAUGGAAGAGAAUGAAAUGGUAGGAAGUCCGCUGGAAGAAAAUGGAUGGGAUGGAAAUGGUUUAGAAGAAAAUGAAAUGCUGGGCAGCCCAAAUGAACAGAAUGAAUUGGCGGAAAACCAAUAUUUCAGAUAUGCAUCGCCCUAUGACAUUCCCAAAUACGUACCUAAACCAGCUUAUAAACCUGCUGCUGCGCCUUAUAAACCAGCUCAUUCUGCCCCACCAGCUCUAGCACCGCAAGUUGAAAAAUGCGGACAGAAUCUUUUUGUCAGCUGUGUUCCGAAUGUUCAAUACGUAGCUUGCGCUCCACCACCAUCCUCAUCUUACUAACGUGCUUAUAUCAUGACAUCAACUGACGCAAUUAGAUAGCCUUGCUCUUUUUCUGUAUAUUGAUUAAAAUCAAAAAUAAAAUAUUCAUCAUUUAGCAUAAAACUUAAAA